CAAGUUGUGAUUAUCCCAGACCAAAGGCAAAGGAAAAGUAAAGGUGUAAAUCCGUGAUUAUACGUUCUGUCGAAGUUAAAAACUGAAAAGUUUUUUCUUCACAUAGAUAACCGAAAUUUGUGUUUGGCAAGCUGUCACAGAUGUUUUAGCGAAAUGCUUCAACAAUUUUUCUAUAGCUCACGUAACAUGCCGAAAACAAAGCGAGUGAAUUGUUGAUUUUAAUCUAAAAUUAUGUUGGACUUUGUACUUUGCGCAGGUGCAGGAAGCACUCAAUGUUUCAAUGCAGGCGGUCCGUAAUGUAAUGCAAGCCUACGCUCUCAUAUUAUAUACGUUGGAUGAAAUGAAAUCAUUAUGGAAUAUUUAUGGCAAUUGCAUGGGCGCGCACUUUACUUUAGCGAAAUUAAGCAUUUCAAAACUUAUUAAAUCCACUUCCUAUUUAAAUAACGAAUGAAAAGCUUGUUGCGGUCAACCCGACAAUCCACAUAGUCCGAUAACACUUCCAGUGCCCGGUUUCGAAGUGGCUGUUGUCGAUACAAGCCGUAGACAAAUCAAACAGGGCGUUUAAAGCGCUAGGUAAAUGUUUAUCUGACAGCUGAUCAGACAAAUACAGAGCGUACGUAUUUUGCAUAUUCGUUGCAAUUACCACGGAUUCUAAUUUGUUUUUUCAAAUAUCUGCCACGCCGACGUGGAUUUUCAAAAAGAUUUAUCGCAUUAAUUUGUAACAGUCUCUGUACGGAUGAUUAUUGAAUGCCUUCCUGCCGUCAUUGGUGACGAGUUUGCUCGCUUUUGGUGCGUUGGAACACGUCUCACGCUAUAUCACGGCCUCUCGUCUUUAAUCACGAGUUUGUCAAGUAGUUAGAACGGUUAAAGCCAAUAACAAACUAAACAGUACGAUAUAAUUCCGACGAACGCGAAUCAAAACAAAGGUCAAAGCAGAAAGAAUUGGAGCGUGAAAGCAGAGGAAAUCGAAGCAAAGUAGUACAUUUACUUCGUUCAGCAAAUCAAAGUUUAAAAUAAACGAAAUUAAAGUACAAACAAAUCAAAGGCAAAGGUAAGCGGAACGGCCUUACAUCAAAAUAAUAACAAAUUAUCAGUAUAGUGAAGCGAAAUUCGCAAGGCUGGAAGAAAACUGUAUUUUAAAGGGAAUUUUUGAUAGAAAGAGCUAGAAUCUGAAGAAAAUUGAUAGAAGCUGCGCAGCAAACCGAAGUAUGUACUGACCUAGUGUAUAAUGUUUGAAUAAAACUCGAUGCGAUAGACGAUACGACGAAGCAAAUCAAAAGUAAAAGCCAAGGCAUAGUGAUAAGAAUUAAGCCAAUUGCUCACGAAAUAUUAAGAAAUCUCGUAUGGUUUAGCUGUAUUGUUCAAACAGUGAAAUAGUUUAAACAUAAGCAAAGCCACGAACAAGGGUUCCUACAUAUAAACACAAAUCUAAACAGCGGAAUAUUGAAGUAACGGACUACAAACAAAACUAUGUCCAAGGGCAAGGAAAGAAGUGAUAUUACCCCGACAAAGGCUGAUAAAAUCUCCCAAGCUCUAGACGAUCAACUGCCAGAAAAAUCAGAAAAUGGCAAGACGAAUUCAAGCAAUAAUUGGCUGGAAGAUUGCUUCGGCGGAAAAAAGCUCGUAGUUUAUAAAACGUUCUAUUUUUUUUUCUACGGUGCUUUUGGCAUAAUUAUUGCGUAUCUACCGCUGUACUUCAAGCAACUAGGUCUACUAGCGAGCCACGUCGGUCUACUAACGGGUGCAAGACCCUUACUUCAGUCGAUAGGUGCCCCUUUUUGGGGAAUGUUGGCAGAUAAAUUACGAGUCAGAAAGACGAUUUUGCUUGCAGGCUUGAUCGCGUUCACGUUUAAAACGCUAUUCUUUAUGGGUUUUCGGCCGACCCACCAAACUUGUGAAAUCACAUAUAUCAACAAAACUCACAACAUCAAAACAGUAGAAGCAAUCUCACACAACGCUGACAAGUUCAAGCGAGGCUUUCACCUAUUUCCCAUGACAGCACAGGGCACGCAAAGUGAUAUAUGCGAAAAUACCGCUUUGGCUAAACGCACAUUGGAUAAAAUGAUGUGUAGUGAUUCAUACGUCCCGAGUACAAAAGAGAUUAAACGAACGCCGAGAGAUGUUGUAUUUUCAAAGCUAGGCAGCAGGCGACACAGUAAAGACUCUGCCUCUGAGAAAAGAGCCGAUAUUUUGAAACGCAGAAAAUCUCGCAAUUUGAUGGGGAAAACGAUCGUCGAAGUACACAAAAAUUUCACGGUCAUUUACACACGACACAACGACAAAACUGAAAUGCAGCAUUUAUUUGUCAUAUUCCUUUUGUUGAUCCUAAUCGGCGAGUUCCUGGAGUCGCCAACGAUGACCCUCACAGAUGCAUCGUGUUUGAGCGUGUUGAAGGAGAAGAAGCACUAUUACGGCCGAAUACGAUUGUGGGGGUCGGUGGGACACGGUUUUUCGGUUCCUAUCGUGGGCUUCUUCAUUCACGGCUUUCGGCAAAUCGUUUGCGGUGACACUCACGGCGAUUAUUUCAUCUUAUUUAUUUUUUUCGCCGCUUUUGCUAUCUUUGCCUUCCUGACCGCUACGAAGUUCCGCUUCAGCUACGAAGAAGAGCAACCGACAUGGCGCUCUGCAAUGUUUCUCAUGCGAUUCCGCUACGCGGUGUUUCUCCUUGUAGCUUUCUAUCUCGGCUGCUGUCACGGGUUCUUACUCAACUUCAUUAAUUGGUAUAUCGAAGACCUUGGCGCAACCACACUUAUCAUGGGCAUAGCUGGCGGUUUAAAAAGCCUCACCGACGUCCUGGUGUUCUCUUUGGCCGGAUAUGUAAUAACGAAGAUCGGUUACACGAAUGUGUUAAACUGCACGCUGUUUUCAUAUGCUAUAUGUUUCUUGGGCUAUUCUUACAUGCAGAAUCCAUGGUUCGCGUUGCCUGUUGAGAUUUUACAGGCCGGGAGUUACGCGGCGACAUGGUCAGCGUGCGUGUCGUUCAUCGCAAGUUCGGCUCCGUUGGAAUCACCCGCGACCAUUCAAGGCAUUCUUCAAGGUGUCUACUGGGGCCUGGGAACUGGUACCGGCGCAAUCGUUGGCGGAUUUCUAGUUCAUCACGUAGGCGGUGAUGUUACAUUCCGGGCAUUUUCAUUGGCUACAGCGUCUGUAUUCUCGCUGUUCAUCCUUGUUCAAUUAGUCCUACGUUAUGCAGGACGCGAUGCGUUAGAUUACCACAAAAUACCAUCUGAAGUUGAUCAGGGAAGUCUAUUGACCGAUGAAGGUAGUGAAGAAGAGGAUAGCGAUAGCUACUACGACACAGACGACAGGGAUGACGAAUAGAUGGGCAGACUGCAGCGUUAUUAGACAAAUACAACGGCAACCGCAACGGCAAAAUAUAUUCACCUUAUAUGUUGGAAUUCAAAGAAAAUACGAGUUAGUAUCGACUCGAUUUGCUUCUUCAAGUUUCCUCUUUCUCUGAAACAGUUAUUAACUAUUAUAAAUAUGGUCAAUCAGCAAAAUUGUUUCUAACACUCCAAACAACAUCGAAUACAUUAACUGUUGCUGCACUGUCAUGCAUGCACCGUAAAAUUGGCGUAAGUUUUGUCCUAAAGGAUCAAUCAUCAAUGCCAUUGUAGAUGAGCACGUUGCCGUUGCCGUUGUACUACCUAAACCAUUAAUUGACGGUAUCAUCUGGCCUUCUCCGCAGGCAUCUCUUAUGUAUUUAUAUUAGGCAUUUAUACCAAGCCAUGCAAAUAUAAAAGCCUAAUAUAAAUACAUAAGAGAUGCCUGCGGAGGAGGCUAGGUAUCAUCAUUUAACAUAUUGUGUCAGAGUGUGUACUUUCCUACGUACUAAAGCCUUAAGGCUGACUCACUCGGAGAGAAACAUGAAAACGUCUCAUUCACUAUGUGACGUCAACUCAACAUGUCACGCGUUACAAGCUGCCAGUGCACAGCUGCAAAAAUGGAUUGUAUCAUCAAGCACACGUAUUAUUAAAUGAUGCCACCGACCAUUAGAUAUGCUACCGAUUGCCUACGCCUUCUAAAUAAUAAGCGGCGCCACAAGGAUUUAAUUUUGGGGGAAAACUUUUGAGGUUGUGUGCGCCGAAUUUAUCUUCUAUCACUUUUGAUUAUCACAUUUGUCCUCCUCCCGAAGAGUUCAGCUAUGCUCCGUUUUAACUACAAUAGCAAAGAAAAAAAUCUCAGUACGUUUCUCGAAACGCCAACGGCUGAUCAAAACCAAACGCUGAGAACUGGAAUUCCGAAAAAUAUUUCAGUAGAAUCUUUGUCAGUCAAAAAUAUCAUGUAUUAGAAACUGUAGGCAUUGCCACGACAGAAAAUUCGAAAUAGAAAUUACAGAAUGAACUUGUCAGGUUUAUAAACAAGUUAAGAGAUCUUAGAUUAAGUCUGUUUUGUUUCCUAGCUGCCGCCGUUACUGCUAGCACUGGCGUCAUAAAUAGUAUAAUUAUAAGAUAGCGAGUUUAAGAUACACCAAAUCUACGACGCCGACGUGACAUGAAAAUUGCUACUUUAGUGUGAGGAAACCAGUAAUAAUUUGUUUUACAUACGCGGUUCUGCAUGACUUUGCUACACGUCCGCGUCGUAGAUUUGGUGUAUCUUAAACUCACUAACCUCUGUAUUGCUAGUAUACGUACAACCAUAAUGCAUAAUUAUCUACAAAACCUUCUAAAAACAUCAGUUGUACUGGCUGGAGUUUUCCUUCCGGUGUUAAUUCCUAUUCUGUGUUGAUACGUUUUUUUCAAGUACUGUUGGGAGCGAUAGUGAUCAACUACAAAAUAGACAAUGGUGUAUCCCAUUAAAUUUUAUACACUUUAAAUUUAGGUUUGCCCAUAUAUUUGCUUACGAGAGGCCUUAGACCGCCUCGGUUUCUAGGUAGACGUCUUGGUAAUAAUUCCAUGUUCAAUAAAUCCUUAAUACACAAACUCAAUUCUUAAGAUUAGGUUAGGCUAAGAAUUAGGAUUACGUUUAAUCAACUUUAAACCCAAUCUAAGAUCUAUUUCUAACCUCAAGGAUUAUAUUUGCCGUAUUUAAGAUUUACUGAACGUGAAAUUAUUACUGUCGAAUUUUUUAUUAUGGAAAUUGUAAAUGUCAAUGAUAUCAUAUUUAUCACAUGCAAACUUAAAAUGUGUAAUGUUAUAUAUAACAAAUCUUAAAUAAAUUAUUGUAACAUCUGAUUGCCCCAUAGCACAAAAGAAAAGGUGAUUUUUGUGAAAGUAAUUUGGUGUGAAAACUCCGGUCAUGUCGAUAAUGACAGCGGUCGAAGAUUGCAGGUGGUAGUGAAAGCUAAAAAAUUCGUUGAGAGGCGAGCAUGAGUUAUGUAGGCCGACGUCCAAGUCAAAAGAAUACCGCCCCCUGUGAUCGACAUAAAAAUAUGGAGUAUAUAUAACACCUAUACACCUCAAGAAUAAUUCUGCGUUAUUAGGUUGUUUGCAGAAAAGAAAUGUUUCUGAUUAGCUAAUGCGCCCAGUUGGACAAACUUUGUCCGCAAAUACGUCACAGCCCAUACGUUUUAUACACGUGUUUAAUCCUUUGCAAGAUAUAAAGAUCAUGGCGAUUUGGCGAAAAGCCAUAUCUCUAUGUCUGUGGCCUGGCAGAAUUACCAUUUUACCACAAACAUGAAGGGAAGAUGCUAAUUAA